AUGCCUUAUACUCAGAGGACCCUUCCCUCUGAGCUUGAAAGAGGUCUUGUGGCCCAAAGCCAGGCCACAGGCCGGGUGUGGGAGCAAUUCCCCCAAGACCAUGAAGAGAUCUCAGCCACUUCUCUGUUGUUUGGAAUUCUAGUGGAGGUGUCAGUUACUUUGCUCCUGAGUGAGUUAUUUGGGGAAAAUAAUGAGGAUGAUCAAGAACCCCACAAUCAGGAAAGGGCAGAUGUGCACCCUGACGAUGAUGAGAUAUUGCAGAAUGCUCUGCAGAAAGAGGCCCUAGCAUUGGUGCGAUACCUGUUACGUCAGUACAAUUCAUGCCAGCCUGUUACUGAUGUGGAUAUGCUGAGUCGCAUCACGGGAGGUUACCGGCCUCACUUCCCUGUGAUCUUAGACAAAGCUUGUAUAUGUAUGCAGCUACUGUUCGGUAUUGACGUGAAGGAGGUAGACACUCUUUUCCACACGCAUGUACUUGUUAUAGCCGCAGGUAUCACCUACGAUGGUGUUCUGAGCCAUGUGCAGGGCAUGCCCAAGACCGGUCUGCUGAUAAUUGUUCUCUGCAUCAUCUUCACGGAAGGGGGCUGUGCCACCGAGGAAGCCAUCUGGCAAGUGCUGGAUAAGAUGGAAGUGUAUCCUGACAGUGAACACGUUAUUUUUGGAAUACCUAGGAAGCUGCUUAUGGACGAUUUUGUAUAUGAGCAAUACCUGGAGUAUCACCAGGUGCCUGGUAGCGACCCCAUUGCCUAUGAGUUCCGGUGGGGCCCAAGGGCUUAUGCAGAAACCACACAAAGGAAAGUCCUGGAACACUGGGCCAAGUACAGCGGGAUUGACCCAAGCUCCAUCCCUACACUGUAUGAGGAAGCUUUACAGGAAGAACAGGGAGCAAAUACCAACGAUAGCACUUUAAUAAAAGAGUGA